GGGGAUUAGGCAGUUCAUUGAGUCUCGUUGUGUGAGCAGUGAUUUAGCGGCAGCAUCAACGAGGUAGGUAGGCAGGCACAGCUGGAGACCACAUGCAUGUCAGAGAGGGAGAGACUGUCUCGUCUGGUCUUGGAUAGCGGCAGUGCUUCUUCUGUACUGUGUUUGUCACAGAGAGGCAGAGUCAAGCUCCUCGUCUAAGCAACGGAUGGGAUGGACUGCUGAUUUUACUAGCCCUCUUCCUUUCCUGUUUCCUGUUCGUGGAUACGCGACAAUGACAGAUCCAUCCCUCUGUGGAGGACAGAGGAGUGGGGAGGCAGGAAGACGAUGCAGUCUCACUCAGUCAGCCAAUAGCAAGUAGGACUCUGGAAUCUACACACGUCAGUGUUCUGUACAGAUCACGGGCUGUAAAAUGCCUGAUUACUACUGGAUCAUUUCUAUGGAAAAGGGCCUUCAUUUAUUUGGAGUCUGUGCAUUCAACUCAGCGGCGACUGAUCCGUGGUAAUAUCGACCCCCUCUAUCACAGACUGAUGUAUGACCUGUGCACCAGGCCCGAGCAGCCACCGGAACCCGAACCGGAGCAGCCACCGGAACCCGAACCGGAGCAGCCACCGGAACCCGAACCGGAGCAGCCUGUGUCUGCAGCGAAUACAGAGGAUAUGGAAGGGAGAUGCCAUGGAGAGGCUGAGGCCCCAGGACAGCAGAACCGAAUACAGCAGGACAGGGGUACUAAGACGGAGGAGCAUGGUAAUACUACUACUACUACCAAUGGGGACUCAAUGGACAAGGCAAAUCUAGACACUACCUCUACCACUGUUACUACCCCUGUGACACCCAAGAGGCACAACUCACUUUACAAGGACCUCAACGACUGCGAAGUGGGAGGGUUUCGCAAGAAUGGCACUGACUAUGGCUUCCUGAUGCGUCAGAACUCAGAGCUGCUGCGAUCUCUGGAUGAGAUGGAGAAGACCUGCAACCACCUGAGAGAGGAGAACGUCCUGCUGCGUAAGAGCAGCGCCCCGGAGACGGAGGAGAAGGUGAAGCGUCUGAGGAGGAAGAACAUAGAGCUGGCUGUCAUCGCUAGGAGGCUGGAGGACAGAGCACACAAACUACAGGAGGCUAACCUCAAAAUGGUGAAUGCCCCAGCUCCGGUGGAGCAGUACAAGCGGGCGUUCGCCCGUCAACGAGCCCGUGAUCUGGCGCAGCACGCAGACACAUUGCUCUCCAAGGACAAGGAGAUCGCCGCCCUGCAGCAGGAGUGUAGGGAGAUGGAGACGCGCUUGGGCACAGCCAAGGGCUCCCCAGUCCCGUCUGGCGUAGUGGAGUUUGAGAGGCUGCUAAGGGAGUCCCAGAAGGAGGUGCUGAGGCUCCAGAGGCAACUGUCAAUCUCCUCCUCCAGAGUCAUCUCCUCCAGAGUCAUCUCCCCUAAAGACACUUCCUGUAAAGACACCUCCUGUGAAGAAACCUCCUUCAGAGUCACCUCCCCUAAAGACAUCUCCUCCAGAGUCACCUCCGCUAAAGACACCUCCUGUAAAGACACCUCCUCCAGACUCACAUCCUCUAAAGACACCUCCUGUAAAGACACCUCCUCCAGAGUCACAUCCUCUAAAGACGCCUCCCCUAAAGACACCUCCUCCAGAGUCACCUCCCCUAAAGCCAUCUCCUCCAGAGUCACCUCCUAUAAAGACACCUCCUGUAAAGACACCUCCUCCAGAGUCACAUCCUCUAAAGACACCUCCUGUAAAGACACCUCCUCCAGAGUCACAUCCUCUAAAGACACCUCCUGUAAAGACACCUCCUCCAGAGUCACCUCCCCUAAAGACAUCUGCUCCAGAGUCACCUCCCCUAAAGACCCCUCCUCCAGAGUCACCUCCCCUAAAGACCCCUCCUCCAGAGUCACCUUCCUUAAAGACGCCUCCUGGAAAGACACCUCCUCUAAAGACGCCUGUUGCAGAGUCGCCUCUUGUAAAGACACCUCUUGUAAAGACACCUCCUGUAAAGACCCCUCCGGCAGGAAACACAAUGGACACGAAAGGCCCUGCAUAACAAAGGAGGAAAGGGAGGAGAAGGUUGCAGCAGAGACCCAAUUCUUGGCGUUAAAUGAGGCUCCAGCCAGGUGUGAGGAGACUCCCAGAGAGGAGGAGGGGCCACGAGUGAUCCCAACUCCGCCGGGGCCCGCCCCCACCCCGAGCCACUCCCACCAGAAGGAGCACACGGAAGAUCAAAGACUACAGUUGCUGGAAUGUGAGCUGAGCAAGAAGAGAAAAGAAUGUGAAGACUUGGAACAUGAAGUUAGGAAGAGACAGAAGGGAUGUCUGGAUUUGGAGAGCCAGCUUGAGGAUGAGCGAGGCAAAAAUGGGCAUCUAGAGGAGGAGGCAGAUCUCCUCAGGAGGAAGGCACAGCUGCUCGACCAGACCUGGGUUGAGAAUGAGGAGCUGAGAGAACACCUCUCUGAAGUGACCGCUCAACGUGAUUCAGGUCUCAAGGAGAACCAGAGACUCCGUGUCAAACUGGAUAACCUGGAGCAGGUCCUAAAGCAUAUGCGAGAGGUGGCCGAGCGCAGGCAGCAGCUGGAACUGGAACAUGAGCAGGCACUGGCUAUCCUCAAGUUCAAACAGAAUGAGAUCAAACGACUACAGCGGGCAGAGUUUUUUGCCAAGAGGGAGCAUGAAGGAGUGGUACAGAUGCUGGAGACUACAUUGGACUCCAUGCAGUCUAAGGUGCGGGAGUUGGAGGAUAAGUGCCACAGCCAGAGGGAACAGUUCAGCCUGCUCAGCCACGAGCUGGAGACCUUCAGACUACAGGCUGGCAAACUGGACCUGUCUGGCUCCACCAUCCUCACUAACCCCCCUCUUUGCCAUCUGACCAACGGGGUGGGCCUCACCGGAGAUGUGGCAACAACUCUACGGAUGGGGGCCAACCCUCAUGCUGCGGGUCUCACACGCUCCCCCACCGUAAAGCACCGUGAGCUGCCCACCAUCAGCCUGACCAAGUCCUCCAGCACCCCCAAGUCUGCAUCUGAUACCACCCACCUCUCCCCCAAGUCAGCCGAGUCCCACCACAGCCCCCACCACAGCCCACGCAGGACCAGCCCCACGCCACAUGAGGUUGACACGGCCAGUGAAGUGGAGGAGCUGGACAUCGAUGUAUCCCCAGCGCCUUACACAGCCCUCAGGGGAGCCUCCCAGCUACAGGUGUUCAUUGCCAGAUACAGCUAUAACCCUUACGAUGGUCCCAAUGAUAACCCAGAGGUGGAGCUGCCUCUCACUGCUGGGGAGUACAUCUAUGUUUAUGGCGGUAUGGAUGACGAUGGCUUCUAUGAAGGAGAGCUGAUGGACGGGCGAAGAGGGCUGGUCCCCUCCAACUUUGUGGAGCGUGUCUCAGACGACGACAUGAUAAGCGCCCACGUUCCCGAGGGCACGGAUAUAUCCCACAACUCCCUGCUGGACAGCAGCCUGCACAGCGCCAGUCACCAGCACCACCUCUGCCUUGGGGGCCCAGGUACCUCUGAGAGGACAGACCCUACGUCAGCAGCCUCCGUCCCGGUUUCUCUCUCCGUCCCCUCAGGGGAGCAGUUCCCCUCGGAUCCAUCCCUCCCAGCCCCCCUCACCAACGGCCUGGAUCUGGACCUAGAGGUGGGGGUGGGCACUGUGCCUUACCCGCGCAAGCUCACCCUCAUCAAGCAGCUGGCCAAGAGCAUCAUCAUCAGCUGGGACGGACCGCUGGUGCCGGCGGGCUGGGGCAACGUGUGGAGCUACAAUGUAUACGUGGACCAGGAGCUGAAGCUCAACGUGCCCUUCGGCUCCCAGACUAAAGCUGUCCUAGAGAGACUAGACGUCACCCUCAAGGCCUACCGGGUGUCUGUGCAGAGCCUGACGGAGCGCGGCAACUCGGACCAGCUCCGUUGCUCAUUACUGGUGGGCAGGGACGUGUGUGUGGCGCCCACCCAGCUCAGAGUCGACCGGGUCACCGCCACUUCGGCCAGCCUGGCCUGGCUGCCAAGCAACAGUAACUAUGUGCAUGUUGUGUCCUUGAACGAGGAGGAGAUGGAACUGGUGAAGGCUGGCAGCUACUCACUGUGCCUCGGUAACCUCACGCCCAGCCUUCAGUACACAGUCAAGGUGGAAGCUCAGCCGCACCAAACCCCCUGGGAGAUUCCCCAGGAGAGACGGGAACACAAGACCGCCACCACCACCUUCACCACGCUGGCCGCAGGCCCCCCAGACGCUCCUCUGGGCGUGCAGCUGGAGCAGGGGCCGUCCCCGGGAAUCGCCCUCAUCAGCUGGCUGCCUGUCACCAUCGAUGCUGCUGGGACCUCCAACGGGGUCCGCGUCACCGGAUACACAAUCUACGCUGACAAGAGAAAGGUGUUGGAGGUGUCAUCUCCAACGGCGGGCAGUGCCCUGAUGGGCCCGUCUCAGAUCCAGUCCCUGAUGGCAGCCCACGAGCUCACUGUGCGCACCAUGUCUGCCCAUGGGGAGUCCAUCGACUCUGUGCCAGUCAACGUGCCCGUCAAGUUGUCCAACAUCAUGACCGGCCAGGCUUCGGCCGCCUCCUGCUCCUCGUCAACCCCCAUUUGUCAGUCAACCCCUGUCCACCAGUCUCCACCCUACCAGUCAACCCCCAUUCGUCAGUCAACCCCUAUCUACCAGUCGCCCCCCUACCAGUCACCCCCAGUGCAUCAGUCAACUCCUGUUCACCAGUCGCCCUCCUACCAGUCACCCCUAAUGCAUCAGUCAACUCCUGUUCACCAGUCGCCCUCCUACCAGUCACCCCUAAUGCAUCAGUCAACUCCUGUUCACCAGUCGCCCUCCUACCAGUCACCCCUAAUGCAUCAGUCAACUCCUGUUCACCAGUCGCCCUCCUACCAGUCACCCCUAAUGCAUCAGUCAACUCCUGUUCACCAGUCGCCCUCCUACCAGUCACCCCCAGUGCAUCAGUCAACUCCUGUCCACCAGUCGCCCUCCUACCAGUCACCCCCAGUGCAUCAGUCAACUCCUGUCCACCAGUCGCCCCCCUACCAGUCACCCCUAAUGCAUCAGUCAACUCCUGUCCACCAGUCGGCCCCCUACCAGUCACCCCCAGUGCAUCAGUCAACUCCUGUCCACCAGUCGCCCCCCUACCUGUCUUCGUCACCACCCUUCCAGCCCCAAUCCCCAUCUUAUGGGAACUCAGCUGCCAAAGUGUCCACGCUGCCCUACGCCACUGCCUCACCGCCACUAGACGUCGCCCACGCCAUGGGCCCUAACGGGGCCCUCCACACAGAGGCCUGCUCCCCACACCCUGCUUCGUACGCGGAGGUCUGGGCUAACCCCUUAGCAAAAUCUCCUGUCCCCCCUUGGGCUGCCUUGGCAGUGCUUGAGGCUAUGUCAUCUCCAGUAGCACUAAACUAUCAGGCCAAGUUACCAUCAGUACCGUCAGCCUAUCAGGCCAUGCUACCAUCAGUACCGUCAGCCUAUCAGGCCAUGCUACCAUCAGUACCGUCAGCCUAUCAGGCCAUGCUACCAUCAGUACCGUCAGCCUAUCAGGCCAUGCUACCAUCAGCUUCUCACAUCAACACAACGAGCCCACAUCUAGGCCCAGCAGCGGCCACGGAGCAGAGCAGAGCAGACACAGACCGCCCCAGAGUUCUUCGUCCUGUCAUGUCCAUCACAGACUUUCUCCCUGUGGAGGACGACUCCCGUGUCAACCUUUCAACCCCUGAGCCCUACCCCACCCCGCCCAAGGCCCUUGUGCCACCCGCUGGGGACCUCAUCAACCCCCUGGACACACAGCCUCUCCGGCCCCCCAGAGCCCCCUCUCCCCUGGAGUCAGAACCAGACUACUCCAUGGAGAGGCCGACCACACGCUUGGUGUCCAUGGAGGAGUUCCUCAGUCAGGACCAGGACACAGGCUUCAACAGGCAGCAGCGGUAUACCGCCGGUCCGAUGGAGCCAGAGAGCAGUAGGGGAUCUGACCUGUCUGAUAUCCUGGAGGAAGAGGAGGAUGACCUCUACUCUGACCCCCCUGGAUCCGCCCUGGCCCGGGGGUACACCACCGGAGCUAACAGGCCAGACCAGUGGGAGGUGCCGGACAGUGACGAGGAGAUUGUGGAGAAGAUCCUGAAGCUUCCUCCUCAGGCCCAGACUCAGGCCUACCACUACCAUCAGCAGGGUCAUCAUCACCACAACGAGCACUUGUUCAGCAUCCCAGAGGUCACCGAUGACGAGGAUAACAGUGUCGACUAUACGCACCGUCGCCACCGCAGGCAGUCCCAAGCCGGGCCCAGCCACCAUCCUGAUGAUCCCCACUACCACAGCCCCAGACACCAACCCCAGCCACACCACCACCACCACCACCACAGCAGCAGACCCGAAGCCAAUGAGCCUUCACCCAGACACAGUGGCGGUGCUGUUUUUCGGGCCCAGAACAGGGUCCACUACACAGACACAGAAGACAGCAUCAGCCACCCCGAGGAGGGGCUGCUGGACACCGGGGGCAGUAGGGAUGUUUGGGUUCCUCGGGCCACCAAGAAAGCCCACCACGGUGGGGGAGGGAGUAAGGCGGGGACGAUGGCCUUAGUAGGCGGACUGGGGGACCGGCUCAGACGAGAAGCCUUGCUACGGAGUCAGAUGGCGGUCGCUGCGUUUACGACCCAGGCCACCGGACACACACCGGGUCUGGGCUCCCACCCGGUCAGCAAGAACGUCCGGAAGGUCAAUUCCCCGGUGGGCUCAGUAACAGAAAUCGACCUUGAGUACGGGACAGACGAGGAGGAGCCGUUGACCUACGACCCCGGGGAACGAGGGGAGGUGGUGUUAGACCAGAUGAGCUCUGAGUGGUGGGUGGAGGGGGUACAGCCUGAACCCCGGCCUCGGCUCCGGGGAAAGCCUGCGCUCCAGGCCAUCAUAGCUACUGCAGCAGAAUGGGAGUCUGGCAGAGACCUGUCGAUGGAGGCUGGUGCUGGGUGGAGCGGACAGCCUGGACUAUCUCCUAAACUGACCAGGUCAGAGGUCAUACAUCAGCUCAAAGAGAGCAUGGAUCAUUCAUGGCCUAUAGGAGACAAUGAGGUGCGUAUCUUUGUGGCUCUGUUCCCCUACGACCCGGUCAACAUGUCUCCCAACCCCGACGCUGCUGAGGAAGAACUGCCCUUCAGAGAGGGACAAAUCAUCAAGAUCUACGGAGACAAAGACUCGGAUGGAUUCUACCGCGGCGAGUCGAGCGGUCGUCAUGGUUACGUGCCAUGUAACAUGGUGUCAGAGAUUCAGGUGGAGGACGAGGAGACCAGAGAGACACUCCUGCAGCAGGGCUUCCUGUCUACCGCAACAAACAUGGAGAAGAUAGGCACUCGCUCACAUGCACAGCUUCCGCGUCGCCCUGUCCCACCGCCGAAACCAAGACGAUCCAGGAAAGUGGAGGCUGCUGCGCUGUGGGAAGAUAGCUUAGACUCCUCCAGUCAAGGUCCCAGCCAAUCUGAUGUCGCCACGGCAAACCCGGCGGACACCGGUCCUCGCAGGAUGAAGGCCAUCUUUGAUUACGACCCUCGAGAGAGCUCUCCCAACGCUGACAUCGAGGUUGAGCUGACCUUUGGUGCCGGGGAUAUCAUCUAUGUGUUUGGUGACAUGGACGAUGAUGGGUUCUUCUAUGGUGACCUGAACGGACACAAAGGCCUGGUCCCAUCUAACUUCCUACAGGCUGCCCCAGAGGCUGCUGGGAAAGCUCCACCAUUUGACUCCCAGCCUCCGUCCGUAGCCGAGCCCAGGACAGAAUCGCAGGUGAGCCUGAGCACAUUCCCAGAGGAGGUUCCACAUCCACCCAUCCACACAGGGCUGACUGGCCCAGUCCACACACAUCCACCCCUCCACACAGGGCUGACUGGCCCAGCCCACACACAUCCACCCCUCCACACAGAGCUGACUGGCCCAGUCCACACACAUCCACCCCUCCACACAGAGCUGACUGGCCCAGUCCACACACAUCCACCCCUCCACACAGAGCUGACUGGCCCAGUCCACACACAUCCACCCCUCCACACAGAGCUGACUGGCCCAGUCCACACACAUCCACCCCUCCACAUAGAGCUGACUGGCCCAGUCCACACACAUCCACCCCUCCACAUAGAGCUGACUGGCCCAGUCCACACACAUCCACCCCUCCACACAGAGCUGACUGGCCCAGUCCACACACAUCCACCCCUCCACAUAGAGCUGACUGGCCCAGUCCACACAGACCACCAACACCUGGAUCCGUCCGCAGCAGCAGCCAUGAUGAAACCCUCCUCCAUGGACCCUGCCCCAACCCCCAGCCUCAGCACCUCUCCGCCCCACGUCCCAGCAGAAAGUCCCCCACAGACAGACGUCUCCCCACCAGGCAAGAAGAAGAAAGGCUUGUUCUCCAAAGGGAAGAAGCUUUUCAAGAAGCUGGGAUCCAGCAAGAAGGAUUGAAACUUGGGACAUUUACCAACUCAUUGCAGUUCUUGUUGAAAACGCUUUUAUAUCAUUAUCGGUCUUGGUUGUCUUGAGCUAUGCUGUUAGUUUAGUUGUAAUAUUCAGUAACUAUGGAUACACUAAGAUAUUAUACAGCUGAAUACACCUCUUCGAUAUAAUACUAUUAGACGAGCUGGCAAUAUGUGGAGGGUAUUUUGUGUGUAUCUGAAACAGCACCCUAUUCCCUAUAUAGUGCACUACUAUAGCACCCUAUUACCUAUAUAGUGCACUACUAUAGCACCCUGUUCCCUAUAUAGUGCACUACUAUAGCACCCUGUUCCCUAUAUAGUGCA